GUGGUCGUUGCUGGGUCUGUUGCCAAAGAAGCAUCAGUGGAAGAUCUCGCGAGAGGGUUCGGGGAGAAGCUACAUUUGAACCUGGCAUAAUUUCGGUUCUGAAGUAUUGAAGACUUGCACACUUAUUGGUUCUAAAAUGAGACUGAAGACGUCACUUUUGAAGGAACCAAAACAUAAAGAGUUAGUCAGCUGUGUAGGCUGGACCACAGCAGAUGAACUAUACUCUUGUAGUGAAGAUCACCUUGUCCUGAAGUGGAAUUUGCUGACAAACGAGACAACACAAGUUGUGAAACUACAAGAUGACAUUUACCCCAUUGAUCUACACUGGUUUCCUAAAACAGUAGGUGGAAAGAAGCAGAUUCAGGCAGAGAUCUUUGUACUUACCAGUACUGAUGGCAAGUUUCACCUGAUUUCAAAGAAUGGACGAAUAGAGAAGAGUGUGGAGGCACACCGUGGAGCAGUGCUGGCUGCAAGAUGGAAUUAUGAUGGAACUGCCUUAGUUACAGCUGGUGAAGACGGGCAGAUUAAAAUAUGGUCAAAAAGUGGAAUGUUGAGAUCCACUCUGGCCCAACAAGGAACAUCAGUUUACUCUGUUGCCUGGGGUCCUGAUUCAGACAAGAUACUUUACACAUCAGGGAAGCAAUUGAUCAUUAAACCCCUUCAGCCUAGUGCCAAAGUUGUACAGUGGAAAGCUCAUGAAGGGGUCAUCCUGAAAGUGGACUGGAAUUCAGUUAGUGAUCUUAUUCUGUCAGGCAGUGAAGACUGUAGAUAUAAGGUUUGGGACGGUUAUGGACGUCUUCUUUACAGUUCCCCCUCACAUGACUAUCCCAUUACUUCUGUGGCUUGGGCACCUGAUGGAGAAUUAUUUGCAGUGGGAUCUUUCAACACUUUGCGUCUAUGUGACAGAACGGGGUGGUCAUAUGCAUUGGAGAAGCCAAACACUGGAAGUAUUUUCAACAUCACCUGGUCUGUGGAUGGAACGCAAGUAGCUGGUGCAUGUGGAAAUGGGCAAGUGAUUUUUGCCCAUGUUGUUGAACAGAGAUGGGAGUGGAAAAACUUGGAGAUAACACUGACCAAAAGAAGGACCAUGCUGGUGCGGAAUGUGCUGAACGAUGCAGUGGAUGUGUUGGAGUUUCGUGAUAGGGUGAUUAAGGCGUCGUUGUCCCACGGCUAUCUGGUAGUUGCAACCUCACUGCAGUGCUAUGUAUACAGUGCUAAGAACUUUAAUACUCCACUGAUUUUUGAUCUGAAAGAGGGAACUGUUAGCUUGAUCCUGCAAGCAGAAAGACAUUUUCUGCUAGUAGAUGGAGCAGGCAUCUAUUUGUUUUCAUAUGAAGGACGCCUCAUUUCCACUCCCAAGUUUCCAGGAAUGAGAACCGAUAUUCUGAAUGCCCAGACUGUCUCUCUUAGCAAUGAUACUGUUGCAAUUCGAGAUAAAGCUGAUGAGAAAGUUAUCUUUUUUAUUGAUGCCCUAUCUGGAAAACCACUCGGUGAUGGCAAACCUCUUACACACAAGAUGGAGAUAAUGGAAGUUGCUUUGGACCAAUCUGGAUCCGCUAAUGAAAGAAAAAUUGCUAUUGUUGAUAAAAAUCGAGACUUGUACAUCACCUCAGUAAGACGAUUUGGAAAGGAGCAAAAUAUCAUCAAAAUUGGUACCAUGGUUUACACUAUGGCUUGGAAUGACUCUGCAAAUAUACUCUCUGGAAUUCAAAAUUCCUUUUUUACUGUUUGGUAUUAUCCAAACACUGUAUAUGUGGACAAAGACCUUCUGCCAAAAACGAUAUAUACAAAAGAUGCAAGUGAAUUCAGCCAAACUCCUCAGAUUUUUAAUUAUGUAGGAAAUCAGGUUACAGUCAGAAGAGCUGAUGGCUCCUUAGUGUACACCAGCAUAUCUCCAUACCCAGCCAUCCUUCAUGAGUAUGCCACUGCUUCCCGUUGGGAUGAUGCACUCAGACUCUGCCGCUUUGUGAAGACUACUACUUCUGAUCAGGAACAAACACUGUGGGCCUGCCUUGCUGCAAUGGCAAUAGCCAAGAAAGAACUGACAACUGCAGCGGUUGCUUAUGCAGCAAUCGGAGAGAUUGACAAAGUUCAGUACAUCAAUGCUAUAAAGGAUCUCCCAUCCAAAGAAUCAUCAAUGGCUCAUAUGAUGCUGUUUAGUGGAAAUGUACAAGACGCAGAAGGGAUUCUUCUUCAAGCAGGUCUUAUAUACCAAGCAAUCCAGGUUCAUAUAAACCUUUACAACUGGGACAGGGCGCUGGAACUGGCAGUAAAACACAAGACACAUGUUGACACUGUUCUAGCUCACAGGCAGAAAUACUUAGAGGAUUUCAGCAAAAAAGAAACCAACAAAAGAUUCUUACAGUACUCGGAGGGAGUGGUAGUAGAUUGGGAAAAAAUUCAAGCCAAAAUUGAAAUGGAAAUAGCUAAAGAGCGAGAAAAGGCAGCAACCACUCCAGCAGCUUCAACAGUGAGAAGCAGCAUAUCCACAAGACGUUAACCUGUGGUGGAAUUACUCCUCAUUUCAUGAUAUAGUGCCCUUCAUUUCACAGGCUACUUGGAAUUACACUUAAAUUCAAUCUAAAAUGUCAGUGUAACAAUCUUAAUACCAAUAUGGUCUAUGUUUCCCCUAUGGGCAAAUCACAGACAAUUUGCAAUGGAAUGGCAAUUUGCCCACAGUGGAAAACCAUAUACAUGUGUGUCUAUUUCAGAUUAGAACUAAUUGAGGUUGAGAACACUAUGUUAAAAUGCUGCAAUCUUCUAUAUAAAAAUAUAUUUAUAUUUCCAAGGUGUAAAUUAUUUAAAUUGUAGUUAUGUAGAAUUUUACUGUGUAUCUUUUUAUAUAAUGUGUAUUUUAUGCCUGUUGUAUAAAAAAACCCUUUGCUGUGUUAAAAUACAUGAAAUAUCUUAAUACAAAUUUAAUGGACGCUUCUACAAUAAUCAGUUUUGAUUUGCUCUGAAAUUUAUUGGGGGUGGGGAAAACAAAAACAAAAACUUACUCACAAGCAGUAGUUCCACGUCCGCACAUUUCAAGGUCAAAAUCACUAUGGCAUGCCCAUUUCUGUCUAGUUAUGUAAGAGUUCUGAAUGAAAAGUUAACUUUUCAUUUUCUACCUGUUGGACCCACAGAUGUUCAAAAAUGGCUAAAAUCAGGUUCAUUGUUUUGGUGACUUUGUUUUGGCAUAUUGAUAAUUCAUUU